AGGGUUUAAGACAACUAACCACCUUCAAGGCCACAAAUCCUAGCCCCCUUCUACAUUUUUGUUCUUCUUUUUUUAUUUUUUCACACCUCAAUGAUCGUCUUCUGCGGCCCAAUUCAUCUUCCGACGAGCCAUGCGGCGGCUCCUCCAACUUCCAAUCGUUCUUCCUAAUCCCGCCGCCGCUGCUCCUCCUUUGCGCCGCUCUAUCCGUUGGGCUAACGCCGCCGUUAUCGAAGACACCGUCUUUCAAGAAGUUGGAGAUAAGCAGAACUUGGAUACCGCGGCGCCCCGACUUCCUGCUUGCCGCUUGUCCGUUCCUUUUGUCGUCUGCGUCCUGCGCAAGUUCCGCAGGAAACCUUGCGCUGCUCUCGCUUCCUUCAAGGUGUUUGAGAACCUCGGCUUUCGACACACUCUUUGCACUUUUGCUGAACUCGUUCGCAUUUUGGGAGAAGCUGAUCGUCGGAAUCGGUUGGUAGAAGUUUUCUCCGAUAGGUUUGUUGUCAGCCAAGGAAGUUUGGAUUUUGGGGUCUCUGCCCUCUUUGACGUCCUUCGUUGCAAUUCUACUAGCACUGAUACGCUCGUUGUGGUCUUCGGUGCGCUUGUUAAGGCAUAUACUCUCUGCGGCAUGUAUAAACAGGCCACCGAGGCGUUCUGUCAGCUCCCAGAACUUGGUUUCGUUCCUUCAAUGAAGCUUUGUAGUUACCUAAUGAAUUGCCUCGCAGAAAAUGGCAACUUACAUAUGUUACUGCAGGUGUUUGAUACAUUGGAGAUGCUUGGAAUGCAUCCGGAUGUUUACAUGUUCACCAUAUUGAUCAAGGCAAUGUGUCAAGAGGGAAAGUUGGAUGAGGUGUUGAGUGUCUUGAAUGUGAUGAAGGAAGUUGGUGUUCAGCUCGAUCAAAUUACUUGCCAAACGGUUCUAGAAGGAAUGUGUGCCAAUGAAAGACCUGAUUUGGCUUAUUUGUUUCUUGAAGAAAUUGCGAGUGAGGGUGUAAUUUUGCCUCUUGUUUCUUAUAACAAAGUGAUUAGCAGAUUGUGUAAGAAGAAUAGAGUUGAAGAAGCAGAAAAUAUUUUGGAAUAUAUGAAGAAAAAUGGAGUGCACGCUGAUGGGUUCAGCUAUUGCUGUCUCAUUCAAGGCCACUGUGGCGGAGGUAAUGUAGUGAGAGCAUUAGAUCUUCGGGAGGAGAUGAUCUCAAAGGGUAUUAGAAAGGAUCAUGUUGCAGUUAGCAUCUUAAUUCAAUGUUUCUGUAAGAGGGGCAUGGCUUCUGCAGCUUUACAUUACUUAAACAAAGUUAGAGCAUCAGAAAUUUACCAUGAUAAAAUUCUUUACAGUAUUGGACUAGACAUUUAUUGUAAGUUGGGAAAGAUGAGUGAAGCAGUAAACUUGCUUGAUGAGAUGGAGAGUCAGGGAAUAGCUCCAGAUAGAAUUCACUUAACAAAUUUGAUAAAAGGGUUUUGCAAGAAUUGUGAUAUCAUCAAUGCUGAAAAAGUGUUCGCUGGUAUGAUGAAGAUCAAUGUGCAUCCUGAUCCCGUGACAUUCAAUAUACUUGCUAAAGGUUUUUGUAAAAAUGGUUUUGUGGACAAGGCAUCUGAUCUUGUACUUUAUAUGAUCAACCAUGGCGUACAACCUACUGAAAGGACCUAUCAUUUGAUAAUUGAUAGGCUCUGCAGAGAAAACAAAUUAGAGGAAGCAGAAAAGUUAUUUAUGUCAUUAGAAGAAAAGGGGAUUGGUCAAAAAUCCCUUCUUCCAAGUGUGAUGGUCUCAGCUCAGAUAGAACUUAAUAAUACAAAGGAGGCCUGUGCACUUUUUAUCUGGCUAUCUAAGCAAGGGCAUCUUGUAAAUGAGAUUGCUUGCUCAAAGCUUGUAAGUGAGCUGUGUAAUAAGGGAGAUUUAAGGACAGCUUCAAUGGUGGUUAAGACUAUGUUAGAUAGGCAUAUUACCCCAGACAAGAUAACCUAUUGUAAACUUAUUGGAGCUUAUUCUCGAGUAGGAGACAUGACUAAUGCUAAGAUUUGGUUUGAGGAUAUGAGGAAACGAGGAGUGUCACCAGAUGUUGUAGUAUAUACUACACUAAUGAAUGGAUACUGCAAGGUCAAUUUCUUGCAUGAAGCUUGCCAGUUAUUUCGUGAGAUGAUUGAAAGAGGAAUUCCUGUUGAUGUACAUGCUUUCACAGUCAUACUGGAUGGCCAUCUAAAGGCAAAUCAUCAUCUAGGUUGGCUGUAUCGUGACAAGAAAGAAUGCAUAAGUGAAAUGAAAUCCAAGUUCUUAAUUCUUUUGGAUAGCAUGAAGGAAAUGGAGAUCAAACCAGAUAUAGUCUGCUAUACUGUUUUGAUUGAUGGUUAUUUCAAGAUGGAAUGUGUUCAGGCUGCUAACAGACUUCUUUCUGAGAUGAUUGCAAGAGGAAUAUUACCAGAUGCCUGCACAUAUACUGCUCUUUUAUGUGGUUAUUGUCACCUCGGUCAAAUUGGUAAGGCUGAAAUGUUGUUGGAAGAAAUGAUACUGAAAGGAGUUAAACCUGAUUUAGUUGUUUUAUCAGUGAUGGCAAGGUGGAACUUGUCACCUAAAUUGUUUCAGUCUGUAGCUCUUCCUUCCGGCACUUGAUCACUCACUGUGUUUGCUUCACUGUAAAGAAUUACUUUUCAGCAGGUGAAUAUUUUAUAGGUCUUCAGCUUAAAAAGUUGGAAAUUGAAAGGGGACCAAUCAUCUCUCUACAUAUAUAUCCAAUUUAAAGGACACAUAUAGAGCGAUAUGGCCUUUGCAUGGAGCUCAAUGAAGUGAUAAGAUGAUGCAGUGAGCCUCAAAUAGUUGGGAACACAGCUUGAUGAUUGGUUAUCUGAUGAAUUUGCAAAUACAAGUCUGUAACAACUCCAGCAUGAUUCGAGAAUAUGCAGAUUUAUCUGCUAUCUAUGGGAUUAGGCCGUCAUACAUGAUGUAAAAGAACGCAGAUUCUUCAUCUGCCAUACUCAUUUCUCUGACGCGAGGACAGGUAGCUGAGUGGACACCCGAACGCUUCCUGCGUUGAGUUCAAUAAACUGAUGCUAUGUAUGCAGGUGCGUGUGAAGCAGCUAGAAAGAAUUAGAGAGACAAGUGUCUAUUCGUGGUCAUUAAUCUCUGUCGUAAAUAAAUUGUGUUCUUCGUGUCAAGUAUAUAUACAGAACAUUUUAAACUUUUUUUUA